AGAAUGCGGGAGUUGAAGAUCUUCUACCUUUUCCUUUGGUAGAGAGUUCUCAAAAUCUUCUCUCUAUUCUCAGUUGCAGGUAAAAUGACAUUAAUUCUGCCCGACAGAAAAUCAAAUUUUUUAAAAAUAUGUCAUGAUAAGUCUCCCCAACAGGAAACCAUAAUUCUGCAACAUCAUCAUUAAUUGAAAAAAGUUGUGAUAUUUAUAAAUAUUUCCUUAAUGUCAAACUAUAAAUAGGAACCGCUGUACACAGUAAUAUAUCUGCAAAACAAAUUACUUUUUUAUAAACCUUCAAAAAAUGAGGCAAGACUUCCUAACAAAGUCAUUCGGGUGAGCAAUAUAUCUCCAAUGAUGAAUGGCUUCUUAUCAUCAAGAAAAACAAUAAUUGUUCCACUAGUCUAUUUGUUAAAACUGAUACACAACUUGUUUAUGUUGUUCAAUAAGGAUUUGGUGGUCUUGAAGUUGAUGAGGACAACAUUGAUGGAACUAAGAAAUAUGGUGAUAUUUAUUCAAUAAUCAAUAAUGUUAUUUCUAGUGUGUUUGCAGCCUCUUGUAGUUUGCCAACAUCUCCUGAUGUCAAAAGUACUCAAGUUGAUAGAUCUAUAAGUGUCUCAAAUUCCAAUUUACAUGCUUCUUUGCUUAAACUAAUUCACUAUAAUGUGUUUGUGAUUUUCAACAGGAGCUUGAUGGUAUUAAUGGUGAUACAGAAGACGUAAUUUCUGAUGUUAAUGAAACUAUGAAGUUUGUGAAUGUUGAUUCAACAACUUGUGUUGUUGAGAUAUCUCAUAAUGAACAAGAAAGUACUCAUGUUUCUCCAAUGAAAAGUAAAGUCUCUCCACUAAAAUCUAAAGGCUCUCCAAUGAAAAAACGAACGUACAUUAGGAGGAAAAAGGGCAGCAAAGCAUCCAUUAGUGAUAUUGCUUCCGAGUUAAAUUCCAUACCAUCUUCCAUUGAAGUAGAAGAAAAAGACGCCACUCCUAGAAAAUUAGUUAGACAAAAAUUUCUAGGACUGUUAGCCAAAUCUCCAUAUGUGGUAGAUUUUGAUUCGGGUGCUUCCCAAUUUAUAUUAUUUCAAAAGAAUCCUUUCAUCUGUGACAUUGAAGCAUUUGAUAAUCUUUCAAUCUUGAACACUGAUUUUUGGGUGUUCAUUGAGUGUGGAUUGAAUACGUUGAAAUGGUAGGUUUACUAUCUUUAAGAUUUUCAUUUUUUCAUUUUUGUACUUAUGGUAACACAUAUAUUCUGAUUGUAUUCAUUUUUCAUGUAUUUUAUGUGCCAAAAAUAUAUACAUUAAAGGAAAAUAUUUACUGCCCAAAUGUUUAAUGUUUGGCUUUUGUGCUGUGGAUUCGAAGGAGUGGUUUUAUUCACUUGCAACUUGUGGUCGGCCUUUGAAUGACACGGUAUUAUCAUUUGCUAUCCUAAUUUAUAUUUAUAAUUGUAAGACCCCGUAAAGUUUCCUCUUCGUCAAAGCCUUCGAAGUAAGUUAAAAGAAGCUUAACACUUAGAAUUUUAGCUAAGUGUUCCAACACUUAGUUCAUUUUUGAGCCCUCGAACUUCAAUGAAUUAUUUCACAACCUUCCCGACCUCCGUUUCUUGAUUUUGUUAUUGCGUUGCGAUGGGCAAGGUCGUAAGGU